CGUGACAGCAAUAGCUGCUAUAAACAGAACUGACAGCAGCGAGAUAGGAGCCCCACACCCCGAGAGACGAGAGCAGGCAGCAGGGCCUCCGCCUGACCCGGGGCCUACCGCAGCAAACCCGACGAGUAGCUAACUGCAGCAGCUCGGUCUGACUCGGUGUCUGCCGGCCUCCCGAGCCUCGACCAACGUGUCGAGUCACAGCAUGAACACCAUGGAGAACUUGGAGAAGCAGCUGAUUUGUCCCAUAUGCCUGGAAAUGUUUACAAAGCCCGUGGUCAUCCUGCCGUGCCAACACAACCUCUGCAGGAAGUGUGCCAACGACGUCUUCCAGGCAUCAAACCCGUACCUUCCAACAAGAAGUGGCACGUUGACGUCAGGUGGGCGCUUCCGAUGCCCCUCCUGCCGGCACGAGGUGGUGCUGGACCGGCACGGUGUUUACGGGCUACAGAGGAACCUGCUUGUGGAGAAUAUCAUUGAUAUGUUCAAGCAGGAGUCGAGCAGCAGCAAGCCAACGCCGGAGAGGACGGAAGAGGCGUCGCCCAUGUGCGAUGUCCACAAGGAAGAGAAGAUCAAUAUUUACUGUGUGACCCACGGCGUGCCCACGUGCUCCAUGUGUAAGGUGUUCGGUGAUCACAAAGACUGUGAGGUGGCACCUAUCAGCAGCGUUUACCAGACCAAGAAGACAGAGCUGAGCGACGGGAUCACCAUGAUGGUCGGGAACAAUGACAGGAUGCAGGGCAUUAUCAGUCAGCUGGAGGAAGCCUGUCGUGUGGUAGAGGAGAACGGACGGAGGCAGAAGACUCUGGUGUGCGAGAAGUUUGAUCAGUUGUACUCCGUCCUGGAGGAGAAGAAGAAGGAGAUGAGUCAAAAGGUGACGUUCGAACAGGAAGAGAAGCUGAACUACAUCCGGGGCCUGACCAGGAAGUACGGAGACCACCUGGAGGAGAGCUGCAAGACGGUGGAGAGUGGGAUCCAGACCAUGGAGGAGCCAGAGAUGGCCUUAUUCCUGCAGAACACAAAGCCUCUCCUUGAAAAGAUUGCAGUAGCAUCCAGCACGGCACACUUGGAUAAAGUUGAGCGCGGCUAUGAGAACAUGGAUCACUACACCGUGGAGUUCAAGAGGGAGGGGCUGGCCCUGCGCGGCAUCGACUUCAUCCAAGAUGAGGACGACGAAGACGAUCUGGAUGAGGACGGAGAAGCAGGCGCUGGGGACGGAGACGGGACCCAGGCUGUUUCUGGAGGCAGUGCAGUCACAGCCGCCUCAGUCCAGCCUCCUCCCCCUCAGCAGAUAAACCCCUCGCCCAGCGUGGUGAAGAGCCCGGCUUCGACUUAGCCGCCAGCCGCCCGGCCCAGACAACACCUAAACCAGGAGCAGGAUAAGUGUCUCUCUUAGAUGUUGGUCUCAGGCCAGUUGCGAUCCUUCUCCUCUCAGAUUGGGGGGAACAGUGAGACGGAUUAAGAUCCGUGCCAAAGUGAAAAUCUGAGUCUCUGAGGUAGACGUAAAAGAAGAGACAGAGGUUUCUAUUCUCUACUUUAUCUCUUGCUGUGAUUGUUUGAGCUUGCAUCAUUUCCUACAGACGGAUUUUAUUUUAUUUUUCUUAUUUAAGACAAGUUUUGCUUCCUUACUUUUCGUUUUUUGGACAAACUGAAUGACAGAGAGGACAGGAGUGAGUUUGGUUAUUUUCCAGAAUUCGAACAUGAUUAUACAUUUUAUUUCCAUGUAGCUGACCUUUUCCAACCCACAGCUUAAACUACAUCAUUAGACAGAAACCAGAGCCAGGCGGCCUUAGGUUUUCCUACCUGUCGUAUACUUUAUGACUUCAUUAUUAGGGUUGCCCACGUACAAAACUAUCACUGUGACAUUUCAGUAUUUCGCAUACACAAAACGGCCUGUAUUAUUAGUCGUGUAACACAGGUAUAUUU